CACCAUCCUUUGCAACAUGGCGGCGUCCAUGUGCCGUGUCUGAAAAAUAACAUCCUCGACUGACGGAACACAGCUGUAGUACGAUGACAGACUUUCAAGAAGAACAGAAAAAUGAGAUAGAAGCGUUAGAAUCCAUCUAUCCCAGUGAACUUGAAACCGUAGAGACAGACCCAUACCAUGCUUUCACAAUUGAUGUCAAAGCUGACGCGGUUGAUCAGCCUGAAGACGAACAAUCGUCGGUGAAACUAAAGUUCACCUAUGUACCUCGCUACCCGGAGGAGGGCCCAUUGAUCGAGGCAGUUGAAUACGAGAACAUUGAAGAGGAAGACGUCGAGGCGCUGAUGACGGCUCUUAAUGAGCAGGUUCAAGAGAAUCUUGGAAUGGCCAUGAUUUUCACCCUGGUCUCGGCUGCAACCGAGUGGUUGAAUCAGCACACAGAGCGCGUCAAAUUCAACAAGUCCGAAACAUUGAGGCUACAGAAAGAAAAAGAAGAGGAGGCGGAAAGGGUCAAAUUUGAAGGCACCAGAGUUACUGUGGAGAGUUUCCUGGCAUGGAAGAGCAAGUUCGAUGCAGAGAUGGCAGAGAUUAGGAACAGGGACAAGACACUGAAUGCAUCUGGGAAACUUACGGGGCGAGAACUCUUUGAGAAGGACACGAACCUCAUCGACUCUGAUCUCCAGUUCAUGCAAGAAGGGGAGGAGGAUGUCAAAGUGGAUGAAUCACUAUUUCAAGAACUGGAGGACUUGGACCUGGAAGAGCUUGACGAGCCCGACGAUGUAAAAGCGUGACAAUAGGAGUGUUGCUAUUAACAAAAUAUUUGUUUUUGCAUUUUGUGUAAGAAUAAACUUUUUCUAGCAUGCA